UCUGUUAAAUCCCCAACAUAAACAGAACCCGCUACGUGCUGUUGAAAAAUACUCUCGCGUGUACAUACCCCCUGUUUGUAAACAGAUAGGCCCAUUGUUGGCUCUCCCCCUGAUUUUCUAAAGCCGUAUGGAGAUCUCUAUGUAGCUCUUUUCUGGUGCUGGUAUGUGGGGGUAGAUAUAUGUAUACGUUUUUUUUUCCACCUGAAAAGAAGAAGGGACGUUUUACGGUUUAUUUUUAUGAGGCAGUUCUUGUCCAUGUUUUGUUAAUUUUGUUGGGUACGGAGUGAUUUCGUAUGUUUGUGAGGGAAUUUCACUUGAAUGUGCUUCUUGCCAGAAAUAAGUUGGAGUGAAUAUUCUGAAUUCAUCCUUUGAGAAAGUACACUCCAGUCCAAUUCCAUUCAAUAGCGGCGUGUAGACAACUAAAGGCAAUUACAACCCUCGAGACUGAAGAACACUUAAGGAUACAUUAUAUACCAUUUUUCCGCUUCUCUUCAUCAACAAAAUUCCUGGAAAAAGAAGAAGAAGAACACAAGAAUACCCCAGCUGUUGUGUGCCCUCGCAGAGAAUUAUUGCCGUUUGACCUACAUACAAGGUCAGAGGCCCCACUGUGACACCAGAGAAUACUUUAUAUCUUUAGACAAUUACAUGCGGUCAUUAAUUGGCGUCCAUUGUUUAGGAGGAUCGUUCCUAGAAGGCACUGUAGUGUUAUUGACACAGCGCGUGGCGGUAGAUUCUCAAGUCACUUUACACAGUGUAACUUCAUAAUGGGAUAAAAGCAGUAGAAGAAAUCAAAAAUCCGCUGUAGAAAAAAAAUCACAUCCGGGCUUUUUCUCUGCUUAACGUUCAUGGCUGAAGAUGAAACUCCUUUGUGAAUUUUGAGAGCCAGUUUUGAGAGUGUUGUGAGAUAAUUGCAAAAAUGGGUUCUAAAAACAUGCGGUAUUUGGAGUUUUUGACAACGUCCGUCUGUCUGUUGGUGUUUUUAUUUGGGAUCGUGACGUCAUCAUCAGAUGUGACCAGAUCGAAGACCAUACGUCAGCUGAUCAGCGAAAUCAAUCGAUUGAGAGGGGCAGACGAUCUGAUUCUGAAGAAUAACCUGGGGAGUCAAUUUGAACAGCCGGACAUUACGGCUUUCAUACCUUCCUCUGAAGUGUUCUGGAAAUUCAAAGACGUCCAAUCAAAAUAUGGUUACAAUCUCGACGACCGAGAGAGCGUGACGACGCUAAUGUUAUACCAUAUAGGUAGGGGAAAAAUCUUUGCGGAUGAAAUCGUCGACGGUCAGACCGUAAUAUCCAAACACCCCUCAAACUACAACCUUAGACUCAACCUGUUCUACGAUGGAAGUGAGAAGAUUAUCACUGUAAAUGGCGCCGAAUUAUUGGUCAGGGAUAUAGUCGGCAGUAAUGGCGUCCUGUACAUCAUAGACCGGAUGUUGGCCCCAGUCUCUAGUGGCAAAACUCUGCACGAUUAUCUCUUGUAUCCGGAUAUUCCGGGAUAUGAAUUUCAGUCAAUUGCCAGGGCCUCCAUUAUCGCCCCGGAGACUAAGGCAGCAACCAAUAGCAUAGAUCACCAAUUUACCGCCUUCGUCCCGCCCGACGCCAUCUUGUUUCCAAUGCCAAGCAAAGCCCAGGAUAUUUUGUUUUUCAAUACAACGUUACUUAACUAUACUAUUCACGCCCAUCUUGUGAGAGACAGUAUCCUGUUUAUCCCCGCAAGAGGCGAGCUGAAGGACCUUCAAAGCAUGAAAGGAACGAUCCAUUUAGUCAGAGAGGGGGAGGAUGUGUUUGUUCAGAGCAACAGGAUUCGCGCCAAAAUUACCUUCCCUAACAUCCCGGUUGCAAAUGGCGUUGUUCACGUGAUCGACCACAUCCUGUACUUCAUCUAUAAGACUGUAUUUGUAGAAACAAACACCACUCAGUCACUAAGUAUCUUUGCCAGCCACCUUCAUGGGAUUCCUGGGGACCUAUUGUCCCACAUACAAAGUACCGUUGAGACCUUCACCUUUUUUGCGCCAAACAACGACGCGUUUGCUAAGGUACCCAGGACCUUACAGCAACAAAUGGCGCAGGACGAUCGACUACGAAGCGAGGUUCUGGGAGCUCACAUCGUUAAAGGAGUCGACGUCAGUUUUGCAGACCUCACCGACGGGAAAACCUUGAAGACCAUCAACAACUUUACCCUUACAGUCCGAAAGUUUAAUAAUGAUAUCUACAUUCAAAAUGGAAACGUUUUGGCUAAAAUUGAGCAGGCUGACAUCGGAUGUACAAACGGUGUCAUUCACAUCGUGUCCAAUGUGUUUCGGCUCGACCAAUUUACAGUUCUUGACGCUAUUAAAGGAAACAACCAGCUGUUGAGAAUUAGCGAGAUGUUGAGUCACUUCCAGGAACUAGAGGGGAUUCUCUCGGGGCGCACAAGCCUUGGGGGCAAGGUCACCGUCUUCAUGCCCUCUGACCUUACCAUGAUGAGUCUGCGCAAUGAGACGCGAAAAAGCAUUUUUGUGGAGCACUCAGACAGAGCACUGAGGGCUUUAAAAGGACAUAUCAUUGAAGGAGAAUCUCUGUCAAGCACAGAAAUCUACAGUGUCGUUCUAAAGUAUACCUACGGAGGACAACGAGUGACGAUACAGAAUCUGGACAGUGGGUUCACCAUUGAAGGAAGUCAUAUCGAGGCUAAUAUCGUCACUAGCGACGUCUGGUGUUCGAAUGGAGUUCUACAUAUCAUAGACAAUAUUUUACACAUACCUACAAGGAAUAUCAUGGACGAAAUGGCACGUCAUGGGGACAUCAGCAUAUUCAGAGAAUAUUUACUCUCGUGUCGAAUUUUGGUGCAUCGUUCGUUUUCGAUUUCUAACAUUUUGAGAUUGGAAGGAAUGAAGGAGCUGUCCUUAUCUUUGUCGAACGAGAACAAUCAUUUCACCCUGUUCAUCCCGGUCAACUCCGCAUUUUCCAGCAUUCCGAGGGCACGUGCAGACACUCUGUUCGCCAACUCUACCCUUUUCCAAAAUGUUUUGAAAGCUCACGUGACAUCAACCGGAAGUAAAUAUGCAAAUGAUCUCUAUGACGGCAUCAGUAUGAAAGCAGAGGAAGAAUUCCUUCACAUUUCUCGUGACUCCUCGGAUGUGUUUAUAACAAAUAACAACGUAAAGGCCCGGAUUAUUCGGUCUGACAUCCCUGCUAUCAAUGGAAUCAUCCAUGUGGUCGACACCAUCAUGUAUUUUCCCUUCUACGUAGCUGCUGACGUCAUGUACAACAACCCGAAACUAAGGGCUUUCUAUGACCUGAUGAAGAAUCUCUCAGAGUUUUCCAAUCUCCUCCAGGACGAGUUUAGUAGUAUCACGGUCUUUGCGCCAUCCUCCGAUUUCCUUUCCUCCCUAUCACCCGGAGAUCUCCAGAGGAUAUCAGCCAAUCCCCAAGCCUUGAGAACCAUUUUCAAGGGUCACGUUAUUCCGAACGGCAUUCUGGACAGUAAAUUUGUCCGGACCAACAUGCAACACAGAUUCACCUUCCGCUCAAUGUAUGGAAUUCCAUUCACCUUUGCGAAACAAAGUACUGUUGCGGGUACAUCCAUCGAUGCUGGCUACAGUAACCUUAGAUACGACCUUGACAUUAACAGGGAUGGGUUCGCUUGCAGCAACGGGGUCGUAUACGUCAUAGAUGGGUUCCUGGAUUACUCGUUUAAAAAUAUCAUAGACGAAAUGAAAGCCCAGGAUAAGUUAAAGGCCUCCUUACAAAAUAUCAUGGGUAUUUUCCCGCCGGGAGUAGAGGAGGACUUCCGGGACAUUAACAACGAGUUCACUGUGUUCAUGCCGGCCAGUGAGGCCUUCCUUUAUCUGUCUCAGCCAGAGAUACUCUAUCUACACAACCUUGUCAACUCAACAGAGAAAUAUGAGCUGUUGGAGCGGCACACCGUCAAUGGAACAUCUCUAAGUAUCGAGAAAAUUCGAGCCAUCUGUGGCAAUCAAAAUUCUACCGAAUGUGUUCUAAGUGUCAACGUCAUAUUUGAGGAUGACGACACAGAAGAUAUUGUGCUUGAAUGGAACGGCGUACAAUCAAGGAUCAUCCAAUCCAACAUCCUGGCAAAUAACGGGAUGAUUCACAUUAUUGAUAGAAUUUUAUUCAAAGUGGAAGAAGAGACUACUACGUCAUCUGACUCUAUGAGCACUCGAGGAGUGAAUGCAGCUAGCACGCAGUUCAGCGCGAUAGUUUCGUAUUUGUUGGUUUUAUCGACAUUUUGCAUUGUUUACCUUGUGAAAAGGUGAUACGACGUAUCCACGUUGUUUUAAGACUUUCCAAGUGAGAUUAACAUUGCAAUACUAUGCAAGUGUUCUAUUCAAAGCGGUUGCAUGAACGCGCGGAUUAUCACGUUUGUCUUCCGCAGAAAUAUUUAUGGAAAAAAGUGCAGUGUUGUGGUUAGUGAUUACCGGGUAUUCAGUCUUAAUUGCAAUUGUGUAUCUUUGUAAUGGUGAAAUGGACGUCUGUUACGAAAUCAAAGAUUCGCAGUUUAUUGACAUUCCAAAUACAAUUGAUUCCAGGGUCAGAAUCAAUGGAUGACGAGUUCGACAGGAGUGGUUAAUAUUUAAAAGAAUGUGUUUUCAACAUUAAGCUUAUUAAUAACUACAAACACUUUCCUUUUGUAGUUUUCAAGGGCAGACAUUUUCCUCUAAAAGGGAAACAAAAGUAAAUAAAUCCAUUGGACGCAUGUCUCCAACCAUACCAUGUAAUAUUCAUGUUCUUCUAGAAUUCCAUCAUUGUUAUUUAUGUCUAUGUAUAAAAUAUUAACAUGUAUAUGUAGUCAACUCAUUUUUAAAAAUAAUGCAUUGUGUUCAACGUACCAUGAUUCUAUACGACAUGUCUUCCUCUUCCUCUAUAAAUGUUUUGUUCUCUAAUACUGUGGUUUCAUCAAGAUUCGUUGAAUAACAGUUUUCGUGGAUUUCGUUGUUAAGUUGAUCCAUGAAAUAAAAUGUACAUUGAAACGCAAUUUCUAUUAACAUUUUGUAUUGAAAGGGUCAUUGUCAUCGAAUUUACGUAUCCUUGAAACUGUGAUUUUCACUUUAUCCACGAAAAUUGAUACCCUUGAAUGUUAAUGAAACCACAGUAGACGACUAAGAUAAAAGUAUUUUGAUAGAUAUUCUGAGAACAACCUUAGAUAUUUUCCCCAAACUGAGAACGAAAUUAAUUUUUCAGACAUAUGAGAGGACAAACAAAUAAUCUUUAAAAGAUAGCAUUUGUUAUUUUUUCUUCAUGAAUUUAAAUUUUGAGAUUUUUGUUUUGUUAUUUGCAAAACCCACCUAAUCAGCUUAAUUAUGGGAACAUUAAUCUCAAACGCCACCAGAAUAGUCUUUUUAUUGCUGUACGUUCUCAAGAACAAUGUUUGAGGAAUUGACGUUUGUGUUUAUAUGUUUAAACUUGUUUAUGUCGCUGUUGAUAUAAAAUGUAUAGUGAAAUUUGUAUAUUGAAGUGGAGUUUGUAUAUUGAUGUCUUUAUGUUUAUAAUAAAACCAUGAAUGCGAAAUAAAACUAUGUUACAUGACAUUGUUAUUUAAAUACAUUUUGAAACAGAA